AUGUAUUUUGUGGGUAUCGACGUGGGAACCGGCUCGGUUCGCGCCGCGUUGGUAUCGCAUGCGGGCGAGAUUUUUGCACAGGCUUCACGUCCGAUACAGACAUGGACAUAUGAAGAGGAUAGUCGUCUCUACGAACAGUCUUCGGCACAGAUCUGGCACGCCUUGGCUGAGUGUGUGCGCACCUUGGUCGAACAGAGUCGAGUUCGGCCUGAAGAGGUACAUGGCAUUGGCUUUGAUGCUACAUGCAGCCUCGUCGCCGUGCAAAACGUAACGGGACAGCCACACUGCAUUACGCCACAGCAUCUACCCCAAAAUUCAGAGCGCAAUGUGAUAUUAUGGGCGGAUCACCGCGCCGAAGACGAGGCGCGGCUAAUCAAUGCUGUGCACCACAAAGUGCUCGACUAUGUGGGUGGCACCAUGUCACUCGAAAUGGAAAUGCCCAAGAUUCUGUGGCUGCAACGACAUUGGCCCGCUCGUACGUUCCAAGACACGGAGUUCUUCGACCUGCCCGACUACCUCACGUUCCGUGCCACUGAUUCACGAGCGCGUUCAAAUUGUAGUCUGGUUUGCAAGUGUGGCUACAUCCCACCUGGCACCGCAGGCAGCGACAUCGGCUGGCAGCCUGACUUUCUGGCGCGAAUCGGCCUCGACAGCUUGGGUCCAGGGUACGAGGCCCUGGGCGGAAUUCCUGGACGCGGUGGACUUGUGUUGACCGCCGGUAUGCCUGUUGGUGCAGGUUUAUCCGAGCGCGCAGCCUCUGAACUUGGUCUACUGCCGCACACGCCCGUCGCUUCCGCGGUCAUUGAUGCGUAUGCUGGCUGGGUCGGCACGGCGGCGGCCCCGUCUCUGGAACAAGAAGCACGUUUUACAUCCCUGCGCGAUGCACAGACUCGCCUGGUGGCGAUCGCCGGCACCAGCACCUGCUAUUGUAUUCAAAGCGAAGCGGGCGUGCACGUACCAGGCGUUUGGGGCCCAUACCAACAUGCUGUGUUCCCACAUCGCUGGAUGAACGAAGGUGGUCAAAGCAGCACGGGCCAGCUCAUCGACACUGUGCUCCAAACGCAUCCGGCCUACGCCACUGCCCUGGCCGAGGCCACAUCACGGAAUCUGUCGGUGUUUACGCUGCUGGAGGAGGCACUCGAUGCCCAGAUGGAAGCAGCUGGCAUGCAACGCACGUCGCCUUCGAGCUAUGCGCUGCUGGUACGCCACAUGCACAUGUACCCUGACUUUCACGGCAAUCGCUCGCCCUUGGCCGACUCGACGCUGCGUGGUAUGCUAAGCGGCCUAGACCUUGAUCGCUCUCGCGCUGAUCUUGCUCGAAAGUAUGUGUUGACGCUGGAAGCCAUUGCGCUCCAAACGCGCCACAUUGUGGACGAGAUGAACCACAGUGGUCAUCGCAUCGAGGCCAUGUACCUAUCAGGUGGCGGCCAGGCACGCAAUUUGAUUUAUGCUCACUUGCUAGCCGACGUGUGUGGUCUGCGCAUUCAGGUGCCUACGGAGGCAUCGGCGAGCGUGACGGUCGGCUCAGCCAUCCUCGGGCAGCUCGCUGCGCACGUUACACAGGAGCAGACACGAGCGCCAAGAACGGCACAGCCCGUACUGAGCUCUCAGACAGAUGCCGUGGCGUGUGCCGAGGCGCAGGCAGAACGCCUAUGGCACAUGAUGGCUGCCUCGACGAAGCCAGGCCACUCAAUUCAGCCCACGACCGAUGUCAAGCUACGCAGGCUAUUCGAUGUCAAAUACCGCAUAUUCCUGGAAUGCAUCGACACACAGCGGCGCUGGCGUGCCGAGGUAGACGCGGCAUUAGCUUAG